AUGUCGAAACGCACACUCGACGAGGUCGACGCCGACGUCGACGCCACCCUCUCUCGCAAGAAGUCCAAGAAGGACAAGAAGGCCAAGAAGGAGAAGUCGCGCGAUGAGGACUCCGCUGCUGCCACCCCUGAUGUAGAACAGAUGGACGUCGACAGCGACGCCAAGAAGGAAAAGAAGUCCAAGAAAGACAAGAAAGAAAAGAAGGAUAAGAAGAACAAGAAGUCAUCUAGCGAGGAAGCUGGCGCGACAGAGGACGCCGCCGAGGACGCCGCCGAGCCCAAGAAGGAGAAGAAGUCCAAGAAAGAGAAGAAGGACAAGAAGGAUAAGAAGCGCAAGGUUGAGGAUGCACCCACUACUGAAGAAGCGGCUCCCGAGCCGGUCCCCGUCUCGAAUGGCCAUGCACCCGUUGCUUCUGUGUACGGCAACUAUGAGCAGACCGCCGCCCUCAGCGCGCUUCCUCAGUCCGACAUCACGUCCUUCCUCACCACCCACCAGAUCAUUAUCAACGAUCCUCUGUCCGCCACGAAUCUGCGUCCUAUGACCGAGUUCGCUCACCUCCCCGCUACCACCCUGACGUCCAAGAACCCCUUUGCCGCCUUCAAGGCGCCAACCCCCAUCCAGGCUGCUUCGUGGCCCUUCGGUCUCAGCCGCCGCGAUAUUGUCGGUGUCGCCGAGACCGGCUCGGGAAAGACGAUCGCCUUCGGCCUGCCCCUGGUUGAGGCCGUCCUGGCCAUGCCCAAGCCCGCCAAGGGAAGCGGUCGCAUUCGCGCCGUUGUCGUCUCGCCUACCCGAGAGCUGGCCAUGCAGACCCAGGAGCAGCUGGCAAAUCUCUCUGAGACCGUCGGCUUGAAGACCGUGUGCGUCUACGGUGGUGCCUCGAAAGACGACCAGCGCAACUUGCUCAAGAAGGCUGAUAUUAUCGUGGCCACACCCGGACGUCUCAAGGACUUCAUUGAGGAGGGCGCCAUCAGGCUCGACAGUGCCAAGUUCACCGUCCUCGACGAGGCCGACCGCAUGCUGGACAAGGGUUUCGAGGAGGACAUCAAGCGCAUCCUGGGCUGUUGCCCACCCAAGGACCAGAGGCAGACCCUCAUGUUUACCGCCACCUGGCCCCAGAGCGUCCAGGCUCUGGCGUCCACCUUCAUGGUCUCGCCCGUCAGGAUCACGAUCGGCAACAAUGAGAGCGGCGAUCUGAAAGCCAACAAGCGUAUCUCACAAGCUGUCGAGGUUGUGGACCCCCGCAACAAGGAGCAAAGGCUCCUGCAGAUUCUCAAGGCCCAGCCCCGCAACGAGAGGGUCUUGGUCUUCUGCCUGUACAAGAAGGAGGCCACCCGCGUGGAAGGCUUCCUCCAACAGAGAGGCAUCAAGGUUGUUGGCAUCCACGGUGACCUGAGGCAAGAACAGCGAACCAGAAGUCUGGAGGCCUUCAAGUCGGGAGAGACACCCGUGCUUGUUGCUACCGAUGUCGCUGCCCGAGGUCUCGAUAUCCCAGAGGUCAAGCUCGUCGUCAACGUCACCUUUCCCUUGACGAUCGAGGACUACGUCCACCGCAUUGGUCGUACAGGCCGCGCGGGCAAGACCGGCCAAGCCAUCACCCUGUUCACUGAGCACGACAAGGCCCACUCUGGAUCUUUGAUCAACAUCCUACGGGCCGCUGAACAGCCUGUUCCUGAGAACUUGCUCAAGUUUGGAACUACUGUUAAGAAGAAGCAGCACGGCACCUACGGUGCCUUCUACAAGGACGUCGAUCUGACCAAGAAGGGAACCAAGAUCACAUUUGAUUAA